GGCUCCGACCUUGGCGCGGCGCAGCGUGCGCUGGAGGCGGGAGGAGUCUCGGGAGCCGCGGAGCGAGUGCAGUGCCCAGCGCAGGCUCCGAGGAGCCCGGGCGGCCCGAGCCCGCUGCGCCCCGUGCCCGCGGCUCACCUGGCGCCAGGUCCAGCCUGGCCCCGGGAACCAUGACCACCACCCUGUGAGCUUGCCCCGCCCGGGCCACGCCCACCAUCAGGAUGCAGCUGUGGAAAGCGGUGCUGGCGACGCUGGCCUUCAUGAGCGUGGACGUCGCGGUGACCACGGCCAUCUACCUGCUCAGCCACCCCGACCGCGGCCUGCUGGAGGACAUCCGCCACUUUAAUGUCUUCGACUCGGUGCUGGACCUGUGGGCCGCCUGCCUGUACCGCAGCUGCCUGCUGCUGGGCGCCACGCUUGGUGUGGCCAAGAACAGUGCGCUGGGCCCACGGCGCCUGCGGGCGUCCUGGAGCGUCAUCGCGCUCGUGUGUCUCCUCGUGGGCAUCUACGCCGUGGUCAAGCUGCUGCUCUUCUCUGAGGUGCGCAGGCCCGUGCGGGACCCCUGGUUCUGGGCCCUCUUCGUGUGGACCUACGUGUCCCUGACCGCCUCGUUCCUGCUGUGGCGGCUGCUGGCCACCGUGCGGCCGGACGCCAAGGCCCUGGGGCGUGGGGCAGAGGCCGAGGCUGAGGCCUUCCCCGCUGAGGGCCCGCGCGCACCAGAGCAGGCGUCAGGGGCCACUCUGCAGAAGCUGCUGUCCUACACCAAGCCCGACGUGGCCUUUCUCGUGGCUGCCUCCUUCUUCCUCAUCGUGGCGGCGCUGGGGGAGACCUUCCUGCCCUACUAUACGGGCCGGGCCAUCGACGGCAUCGUCAUCCAGAAGAGCAUGGAGCAGUUCAGCACGGCCGUGCUGGGCAUGUGCCUGCUGGCCGUCGGCAGCUCGUGUGCCGCAGGUAUUCGGGGCGGCAUUUUUACCCUCAUAUUUGCCAGACUGAACAUCCGCCUCCGCAACCGCCUCUUCCGCUCGCUGGUGUCGCAGGAGACGAGUUUCUUUGACGAGAACCGAACAGGCGACCUCAUCUCCCGCCUCACCUCGGACACCACCAUGGUCAGCGACCUGGUGUCCCAGAACAUCAACAUCUUCCUGCGCAAUACGGUCAAGGUCACGGGCGUGGUGGUCUUCAUGUUCAGCCUGUCCUGGCAGCUCUCGCUGGUCACCUUCAUGGGCUUCCCCAUCAUCAUGAUGGUGUCCGACACCUACGGCAAGUACUACAAGCGGCUGUCCAAGGAGGUGCAGAGCGCGCUGGCCCGAGCCAGCUCCACAGCCGAGGAGACCAUCAGCGCCAUGAAGACGGUGCGCAGCUUCGCCAACGAGGAGGAGGAGGCCGAGGCGUACGCACGGAGGCUGCAGCAGGUGUACAAGCUGAACCGCAGGGAGGCAGCCGCCUACACCUGCUACGUCUGGGGCAGCGGGCUCACGCUGCUGGUGGUCCAGGUCAGCAUCCUCUACUAUGGGGGCCACCUGGUCAUCUCGGGCCAGAUGAGCAGCGGGAACCUCAUCUCCUUCAUCAUCUAUGAGUUCGUGCUGGGGGACUGCAUGGAGUCCGUGGGCUCCGUGUACAGCGGCCUGAUGCAGGGCGUGGGCGCCGCCGAGAAGGUUUUCGAGUUCAUCGACCGGCAGCCCACCAUGGUGCAUGACGGGAAACUGGCCCCCGACCACCUGGAGGGCCGGGUGGACUUCGAGGACGUGACCUUCACCUACCGCACGCGGCCGCACACGCAGGUUCUCCAGAACGUCUCCUUCAGCCUGUCUCCGGGGAAGGUGACGGCGCUGGUGGGGCCCUCGGGCAGCGGGAAGAGUUCUUGCGUCAACAUCCUGGAGAACUUCUACCCGCUGGAGGGGGGCCGCGUACUGCUGGACGGGAAGCCCAUCAGCGCCUACGAUCACAAGUACCUGCACCGUGUGAUCUCCCUGGUGAGCCAGGAGCCCGUGCUGUUCGCCCGCUCCAUUACAGACAACAUCUCCUACGGGCUGCCCGCCGUGCCCUUUGAGAUGGUGGUGGAGGCCGCACAGAAGGCCAAUGCCCACGGCUUCAUCAUGGAACUGCAGGACGGCUAUAACACAGAGACGGGCGAGAAGGGCGCGCAGCUGUCCGGCGGCCAGAAGCAGCGUGUGGCCAUGGCGCGGGCGCUGGUGCGGAACCCGCCCGUGCUCAUCCUGGACGAGGCCACCAGCGCUCUGGACGCAGAGAGCGAGUACCUGAUCCAGCAGGCCAUCCACGGCAACCUGCAGAGGCACACGGUGCUGAUCGUAGCGCACCGGCUGAGCACUGUGGAGCGAGCGCACCUCAUCGUGGUGCUGGACAAGGGCCGGGUGGUACAGCGAGGCACCCACCAGCAGCUGCUGGCCCAGGGCGGCCUCUACACCAAGCUGGUGCAGCGGCAGAUGCUGACGCUCGAGCCCACCCCCAGCCACGCGGCCGCCCACCAGGAGCCGCCCGGUGGCAGCGGCCAUGAGGCCUGACCCUCCGCCUGGGCCCGGCCAGCGCCCACCAUGAGGCCUGUCCCCGGGGGUCCUGCGGCCCUCCAGCCCAGGCCCUCGACUCCGUCCCAGGGGUCACGGCUUUCUGCGUCCCGUCCCCAGUCCCCUCCUGUCCUGGGGCCCGCUGCCCCCUGGGGCCGCCCCCACCCGUGCGGGCAGAGGUGCCCGGGGCCCCCCAGAACCCCAAAGCUUUCCCAGCUGAGAUCUCACCGUUACCUCCCCGCUUGGUUCCAUGGCCUCGGUCGCACCUAAGUUUCAGACACGUUUUUCUAAUUGGAAUUAUGGCCAGCGAGUCCACAGUGAUGUUCUAGAAACCUCUGAGGCCUGAGGGAAUGCCCCUUCGUUGUAGCAGGGGGUGGGCGGGGGUCAGGGAGCAUGCUGGGCCCGUCUCUCCCCUCCCAGCUGUGGUCAGGCCCCUGUGCCCCCAGCUGCUGCCCGGCAGAGCGAAGCCAGUCCACUGUGACCACAACUGGCCGCAGAGGGGGCCGGCCAGACCCGCCGUGCCCUGGGUCCCCCUGCUGCAGUGCCCAGCUUCACCCCUGCAGCCCAGCCCCUCCCUAGCCCCCCUCCCCCGCUCUGCUGUGUCAUGUCUGGGAGACGCAUCGCUCCCCGUCAGGAGGACAGGGUGGCCAACCCCAGGGGCUGACUGCGGGGGUGGGGGGUUGCAAGACAU